AUGCGACUGAAUCAGAAAACACCAUCCAGAACGCCUUCCAGAUUACCUCUAACUCCAUGCCGUAAAGAGGCAGAUCACAGUCAACGAAAAACUCCUGGACACAACAGCAAAACCUCAGGGGCAGGAGUGAAGUCGUUGUUGGAGAACGAAGGGGACAGAUUCAUUCCGAAUCGUAAAUCCACUGAUCUUACCCGUGCACAACACGCAAUAAAGAAUGAUGCGGAAAAUAUUGGCCCAGAAGAUGCUGCUUACCAUCGCGCUACUACAGAAUGCUUAAAUUCCGGUGACAUCGGAGGAAGUCGAAUCCUUCGGUUCAAAUCUGACGUGCGCGAAAUUAUUACCAGUAUGCCCAAAGGGCCAAUCGCUUCACCCCCGAAAAAAUUGACGAGUCAGCGGUCCAUCCCACGUGUUCCCGAGAAAGUUUUAGAUGCUCCAGAUAUUUUGGAUGACUUCUAUCUGAACAUCCUGGAUUGGUCCGUGGACAAUAUUUUGGCUAUCGCUUUGAAUCAAGAAGUAUACCUGUGGAAUGCAUCCACAGGGGAUAUUACUUGUCUCAUGUCAGCUGGAUUGGAGGGCGAGUAUGUGAGUAGCAUCUCAUGGUCCCCCGAAGUACCGCACGUGUUAGCAGUGGGUCUGAGUGCCGGUCGAGUGCAGCUGUGGAAUGCUUCAACCCAGUCGCUUUUGCGCACGAUGCGUCUCGGGGAUGUCAGCGCGGGUGGUCGAGUUCCUGUUGUCGCUUGGCGUGAGCAUGUGGUCACAAGCGGAUCACGCUCCGGACAUAUUCGGCAACACGACACUCGUGUGGCAAGACAUGAGGUUGGUGUCAGCGAUUUCCAUACGCAGGUUAGUAUCUUUUCUCGAAAAAACAAAGAUCCAUUAGCAUCCUUCAAACUUAAACAUGAUCAUGAUACUAACUGUGGCAUGAUGCUUUUGUAUUCAUUAUAUCAAGACUGA